CGCCAAUCACAUAUUCUAUACUCGUUCCGCCACCUACCGCCUUCAACGUUCUCUUCAUCCCAUAAACAAUUCUCCUUUUCAAUUAAUAUUAAUAUAAUAAUAAAACACUAAGAUCCAUAAUCCAUUCUAUGUAUACUAACCUAAUGUCUUAAUCUCAAUUCUCAUUUUAUAUUCUUCCCCAAAUCCCCUGCUGUGAUUGGCUGGUUUUUUGCUGUCGAAGAAGCGCUGAAGGGGUUCCAUGCGAAUCGCUCCUUCUUUGAAGACUUCAAUGAUAAAGGCUGAGUAGCCGGCGAGUGACGCUCCGGUGCACCCCGCCUGAUCUCGGGAUUCAUUUACAAUUUUCUAGUUGAUUAAUAGGGAUGUCGACCACCAUUGCGUUGGGAAGCAGGCACCUACAUUUUAGGGAACCUACAUACAAGGGUCACAUGUGUAAACAAGCUUAUUUUUUAUCUAGUGUAACCAUCCAGAGUAGGAUGCAUAAAGCGCUGUCUUGGUCAUGCAAUGCAUCCAAUAUAUUGCGACAGAGUGCUUCACACUCUCAAGCUUAUGUGAAUUUCAAGUCCCAUAAAACAAUCACAUCAUGCCUUAGAAAUGGCUCUACCAAGUACUUUGACUUUGCUGUUAUUGGUAGCGGGGUUGCUGGCCUUCGCUAUGCUCUUGAGGUUGCAAAACAUGGAACUGUGGCAAUCAUAACAAAAGCGGAGCCACAUGAGAGCAAUACUAACUAUGCUCAGGGUGGUGUAAGUGCUGUUCUCUGUCCUAAAGAUUCGGUGGAGAGCCAUAUGCAAGAUACAAUUGUGGCUGGUGCUUACCUCUGUGAUGAAGAGACGGUCAGAGUAUGUUGUAUGCACAGAAGGACCUGACAGAAUUAGAGAGUUGAUAGCCAUGGGGGCUACAUUUGAUCACGGGGAGGAUGGAAAUUUGCACUUGGCAAGGGAAGGCGGGCACUCUCAUCACAGAAUCGUGCAUGCAGCAGAUAUGACAGGCAGGGAAAUAGAGAGGGCAUUGUUGGAGGCAGUAAAAAAAGAUCCAAAUAUAUAUGUUUUUGAGCACCAUUUUGCUAUAGACUUGCUUACGUCUCAGGAUGGUUCUGUCUCAAUAUGCCAUGGAGUUGACACUUUAAAUACUGAAACCUUGGAGGUAAGAUAUGUUUUUUUCAAAGGUAACCCUGCUUGCAUCAGGCGGGGCUGGGCAUAUAUACCCAUCUACCACUAAUCCUCUGGUUGCCACCGGAGAUGGAAUAGCUAUGGCUCAUCGAGCUCAGGCUGUCAUUUCUAACAUGGAGUUUGUCCAGUUUCACCCAACUGCCCUAGCUGAUGAAGGCCUCCCCUUUCGACCAACCAAUGCCCGUGAAAAUGCCUUCUUGAUAACAGAAGCUGUCAGAGGUGAUGGGGGUAUCCUUUAUAACUUGGAUAUGCAGAGGUUCAUGCCCUUAUAUGAUGAGAGAGCAGAACUAGCACCUAGAGACGUAGUAGCUAGAAGCAUAGAUGACCAGCUCAAAAAGCGUGGCGAAAAGUAUGUCCUUCUAGACAUCAGUCACAGAAACAGAGAAGAUAUUCUUCAUCAUUUCCCAAACAUAGCGGCGGAGUGUCUCAAGUAUGGGCUUGACAUCACCCGGCAACCCAUCCCCGUGAUCCCCGCUGCCCAUUACAUGUGCGGCGGAGUCCGGGCCGGGCUCCACGGCGAGACUAAUGUGUUGGGCCUUUAUGUAGCUGGCGAGGUUGCCUGCACAGGAUUGCACGGAGCGAACCGCCUUGCUAGCAAUUCAUUACUGGAAGCGUUGGUGUUUGCACGGAGGGCCGUUCAGCCUUCGAUCGACCACCACUUGAUGUGGUCGGGACGUGCUUCGGGUUGGUGGCCCCCACCAGUGGUCCCCAUGUCAUUGGGGGACGUGAUGUUGGAGAAAAUCGUUAGACGGACAAGGGAGGUGAGGGUGGAACUGCAGUCGAUCAUGUGGGAAUAUGUUGGGAUUGUCCGGUCAACGACGAGAUUAGAAAGCGCUGAGAGGACGAUCAGGGAGUUGGAAAGGGAGUGGGAAACAUACUUAUUUAAGCAUGGUUGGGGAUCAACCAUGGUUGGAUUGGAGGCUUGUGAGAUGAGGAAUCUCUUCUGUUGUGCCAAGCUGGUGGUCAGUAGCGCCCUCUCAAGGCAUGAAAGCCGCGGCCUUCACUACACCGUUGAUUUCCCUCAUGUUGAAGAAAGCAUGAGGCUGCCAACCAUCAUUCUCCCUUCUUCACCUUUGAAUAGUACCACAACUUGGAGUUCCCGCCAACUGCACCACCAACCUAUGUGCUAAGUUUUGCACCAUUGCUUUAUUUAUAAUUCUUCAAAGCCCAAGUGUUUGUUACUGAGUGGGGAUUUGUAAUCAAAAAAUUAAAUGGGGGUACUCAUGUAAAAACUAAAUUUUGUACUCUGUAGAAGUUAUACUUGUUUGUAUGAAGUUGGGUUGUGG